AUAAGGAAAGAAGGAGAAAAGGGAGAAGAAGAACGGUUUUUCCCCGCCUGUUAGUUAAUACAUUGUUUAAUAAUAGAAAAUUAGAACGAGGCUUUGGUGCAGGCUUUGAAAGUACCUGGCACAAGAAUAUGGAUACCAAUUAUAUGUCAGCUAAAAACACAACAUUGGAAAAGACUGCAGAUCAAGAAAAUGAACAACUAAAUCUAUCUCAUCUCAAGAAAGCAAUUGAUGAAACCGAAGCUGAGGAUACGGCGCUUGGUAAUGAGAUUCUGGAGCUGCUAAAAGAGCUUGAUAUACAGCCUGACACUUUUCCUGAAGAUGUUAAAGAGAGUCUGAAAGAUGUUUCAAUGAUAGUAAAAGAAUAUGGAUUAUCUGAUGUUGAUGAAACAUCAUUGUUGAUAUCUAUGGAAAGUAAAAAGAUUCAUGAUAAAAAACAGCAGUUGUUAGAGCGAGAAUCAAAAACUAAAUAUAAGCAGUUAUUACACAGACACUCUCUUCUUCAAAAGGAGCUAUGUGAUUUAAAAGGGAAUGUCAGCUUUAUAACGAAUUCAGUUGCAAAAAUAGAAGAUGACAUCAAGAAUGAUGAUAUCAGUUGUAAAUCACAAACAACCAAGUUGGAUAAGUAUGAUGAGUUGGCUUGUAAAAUGGAAACUGGUCACGACAGUUUAGGUCUGGAGAAAUUUGAACCAAAAGAAAUUUUGGACAAAUACAGAAGAUUCAUUGCAUUGAAGGACCGGUUGGCAGAACUUGACCAGACAUUAGCGCCAUACAGCGAUUUACCUCCAAACUUAUUACAGGCCAGGGCUCUCCUUGAAAGUAAAGAAAUUGAGUAUAAAGAAAUAUCAGAACAAUUUCUUGUAGCAUCUUCGAGUAACAUAUAAUUAUUAAUUUUCUGUCAAAAUACUGGAAUUUUCUUCAAUUCGUUUUUUAUAUUGAAAAAUUGGCUUUUUGGUAUUUUCUGUCUCCUUGCCGCCCACUUAUAAAUGCAGGGAUUUAAUAGCGAUUGAAAUCAUACUGUAUGUUGCUAUUAAAAGUAAAAUUAAUCCAGAGCUGAUGAAGAAUAAUCUUGCAAAUAAUUGUAACCAAUUUAAUUAAGAUUUCGUAUAUAUAUAAUGUCGUGACCGUAUUUUUCAUUUCCUCUAAUCAAUUUCUUUAAAUAUAUCAUUUUUACUCGUAUUAUUUCUUGUAUAUAGUGCUAUCACUGUGUAAUCAUCGAAAACAUAUUUUCAUUUACUUGGCGUUUGUAUUAUUGCAACCAUGUGAUUAGCUCAUUUGUCUCAAGUUCAGUUUUAGCAGAACGAUGGUAAAUUAUUCAAGAAACGCUAAGGUACUCUGUACAGAAGCUGUUUCUUUAAAACAAAUCUUUUACACCAGCAGAGAUGAGAUAAUUGUGGUAUGAGUAGACAUUGGACUACCAAGU